GUUCAGAGCGUGCUUGAUUUAAGCACCAUUUAUUGAAGACUUUUGUCUGCUCACUUCAUAAAUUGCUCCGCUGUGCCUUACCUUAUCUUACUACUGCUGCUGCAAGGGUGUGAGCUUCACAUACAUACGCCAUACACCAUACACAAUUAAAAGACGGAACGAGACAAGGCAACGCUUGAAUACAACCACGGUUCAAGCAGCUGAUAUUAAUUGAAUUCGAAUUCCGCUUCCUGCGCCUAACCCCCACAUCUACAGGCACAAUGCACGCCCGAGACGCCACCGGCCGUCAGGUCUCUCUAUUAAAUGAUGACCCAUACGCCAGCCACCAGUCAUACCACACGGCUAUCCACUCUCAAUCCACCGGCGACCAAUCGCCGCCGCCCCACACUCCAGAGCUCCUCCGUUCGGAUUCCUACGACUCUAACGCCAGCUACGAUGCUUACUCGCCAUUAACACCUGGUCUGUACGAUUAUUCGUCGCGCCCGCUGUACGAUGAUUAUCUACCUGACCAGAAAGUUGGCAUGAAACGUCCGGUCUAUGUUGCAACUAGUCGUUCUAACUCGUAUGAAGACGACAGCUCUGCUAGCUCGGCGGCACCUGAGAAAACUGGCAAGCGUUAUCCUUGCCGGUAUCGUGAUAGUCACGGCUGUGAGAAGACCUUCACUACCUCCGGACAUGCCUCACGUCACUCCAAGAUCCACACUGCCGAGAAGGCCGUUCAGUGCACAUACCCCGGCUGCCAUAAGAAGUUCACCCGCGCGGACAACAUGAAGCAGCACCUCGAAACUCACUUUAAGGACAAGUCUAGGUCUUCUGGCUCUUCCAAAUCCAAAAGCUCAUCUCUGUCUUCCUCCAAGCGUGGCUCAGUAUCUUCCAAGUCUUCAUCUUCUCACAGCAGCGCACCAUCUCAAGACAUCCAAAUGUGGGAGUCGGACCAGUACGGCCCUGACAUUCCUUUCCCGUCCCCCGGUGGAGCUUGGGACAUGCGUGGUCUCAACAUCCCACUUAUGGCCCGGCCAGGUGCAAUGAGAACCAGCAGUGGAUUAGACGCUCUCGCGGCGAUCGCUUGUCAGGAGGGUGCUUAGGGAUCCCCCUAACGCAAAUUUUCCUAAGAAUAUUUCUUAUUUACGAGCCGAAUCAAGACCAACAUCUAGUAAUGAAGGGGUAAUGGACGGG